UUGGUGUCAUGCGCAUCGUUAUGGACACCCUGGCGUUGUUUUGUUGGCGGCGUGGAGGUGCUGCUAUAAAUGCAGAUGCGCUUGCAAAUUGCAAUGCACUUUUAUUCGCAAUUUGGAAAUGUUCGCGUACGCAUACGUGAGGUAUCUGGAGGACAAGAGAUGCGCCCUUGUCGAAGUCGGCGAUUUUCGCGACUUCGAAAAAUGGGGGGAGGACAUGGACGAAAAACACCUGAAGGCGACUGUGCACUGGGUGAAGUGGGUGUUUAAAGACGGCACUUCAGAAUAUUUUCCAGCCGAGAUUCUUCACCUAGGAGCAUCUGAAGCAGAAGUCCAAAAAAAGGUGAAGAGGGGACGCCUGAGAUUCAGGCGUGUAAUGCUUGAAGAUGAAGAAGAAUGGGACUGUGAAGAGGAGCCACCACAAGAAAAAAAGCGCAAGAAACACAAAGAAGCCCCAAAAGAGGGCUUGCUGAAGCUUCUGGAAAAAAAGAAGCGGGCAAUGGAUGCUGGCAGCAGUCGCCAUGACUGUGACGGAAAUGCUUGGCCGCAGAACAGCUUCAGCAAAUGAAGGAACUGGCGGACAGGCAGAAAGACGAAAUUAGAAAAUUAAGGAAAUUGAACGAAGCCCUUCAACAGAAAGUCAUAACGCAAAUGGAAGAGUUCAUUCAAAAUGCAAAAGCCGCAGUGCCUGUUGAACAGCCUGCUGAAAUGGUGCCACCGACGACGCCACCACCGGUGCAGGGAUGCGCCGAUUUGAAUGGCAAGAUUCCCCUGCCGCAGAUGCAAGAUGCCGCUGCUGCAUCUGCCCUUUGGAGCCCUGCUGCUAUGCCCCAAAAAACAUCUGAAGUCCCUGGCCCUGAACACAUGGUGGAUAUAGGCCAGGGAUUGCGGAUACCUAUGGGUGCGUGGAAACGAAUACAGCUGCAGCCGAAGGACAGCCUCUUCGUCAAGGAGCUGGUAGUGGCGAUCUGGGACCCGGCAGACUUGAAGGGUCGUUCCCUCCAAGGCAAGCACUGUCCGAGGUUCCCGGAUCGCCCCCUAAAAGAACCUUUGACACCUUGGAAGGUGGCGGUGAUGCGUGAAUGCUACAAGGAGAGGCUGCUGCGGCUUGGUCUGCCUGCUGACCUACUGCAAAACAGCCUGAAAAGGAUGAAUCAUUUUGUAGUUGAAAAGCUGGCCGAUGUUGAGAAACAGGCCAAGAGGACUGAAAAGACGAUGCAGCAAUAAGCAUCCAGCAGAGAAUGCCAUUGUACAGCACCUUGUAAAAAUACAGCAGAGAACGCCUUCGACCAUUGUACAGCACCUUGUCAAAAUACACUUACUUUAACCUUG